GUGAGACAUCUACAGCAGGACUAGUUAACCCUCUCCAUGAUUUCAUGUUUAAGGAGAAAGAGAACCAGGAAAUGACUCGGGGGGGGGGAAUGAAAAGCUACCAAGCCACAGCCGAGCGACGUGCGUUGCCACGACGUGUAGUUAUAUUUUUUGAGAGGUGCACGUCAGGCUAUGACACAGGGUCCAGUGUAGACGCAAAGGGGUCUGCGGGGGUACGCCGUUGAUUCCUCCACAGCUUUAUCAUUCACUGUUGCUGUUUGGCCACUUUGUGCCAGGUACAUCAAUGUUGGACACUUUAAGGGAGAGACACACCUGUUCUUGGGAGAGUCUGCCUACACAAUAAUUCAGCAAAGUAAAUGUACAUCCACAGUACUUUACUUUUUAGCUGACUUUAUAUUAGCUUACAAACUAGUGAAUCAGUGAGCACAUGUAAGGGAACAUCGGAUCCAUUACAUGGACAUGAACCCUGAUUAAUUUCAAAACUGUGGAAAUAAAGAACACUUUAAAAGUAAUACUAUAUGUUGUGUUGUAGCUGCAUACUAAUUGUCUACAGCAAUUAAACAUGACUAAUUAACAACUCAAAACUAUAACACUGAGAAUCAGCAUGUGUUGAAUAUGGAGAUGUUAAAAAGGAGACAAAAUCUUCAAGUUCCAAUAAGGUGUAAAGUGAAACUAAAUUUAUAGACAGUGAACGGAGAGAAAUAAAACAUAUAAAUUUAAAGGAUGAAACAUGGGUUAGCCAUACAAACUACAGGCUGUUGAUUCAUUAUUGAAUGUAAAGCAUCCCAGUUUCACAAAUCAUUGUUCUUUUUUAAUUUUACUUAAGUAAAAAGUACUUCUUCAACCACGCUUAAAAUAAUAUAUAUGAUUAAACUUUACAUUGAAGAGCGAGACUUUAAUGUUAAAGUUGUGAUUUUGCAGUGAUAGUUGUGAUUUCUGACCCUGCAGCCUGUAAAACAGGCCUGAGAGUCAGAGGUGAAUAUUGUGUGGUCUUUCUGCUGCUGCAACUGCCACUUAAUUAAUGGCCCAUCAGGGGGAGGGGCCGCCCCCCCCUGCUCUCAGCCACUCAGACGAACAGGUGGGGGAAGGGCAGCUUUCUGUGAGAGCAGGUCACCUGCAGGUCUCACAGAAAGCUGCCCUUCCCCCACCUGCACGCGGAGCUGAAGCUCAGAGCUGAGGCAUGAGGCGAGAGGAGUGUGAGACAGGUUUCAAGGCUGCAGCAGCACACUCUUGGAAGGAGACGCUACAGCUAGCGGCCUGCUAGCUUUUGAAAGACUGGAGCGACUCAACUAAGGAAAAGACGACUUUUAAACUUUCUGUGCAGGUCCAGAAAUUGAUGGGAGUGAGAAAAACACAGUUGGACUGUGACUUUGAGGAGUCAGGAAGUGAUUCCUCUGGGUCUGAAUUAUGCAGCAAGAUGAACCCAGAUUACAUAAGAAAGCUUCUGUACACAAUGGAACAAGGGGCCUCCACCUUCACGGGAAAGACACAAUUGAUCCUCCUGUCUCUGAUGGAGGUUCUGACCUCUUGUCCCCCAAAAGGAGACUUGAGUCCCUCAGUGAAGAUGGGAGUUCAGAUGUAGAUGUUCUAGAUCUGAGUCCAGGAACAAGGUUGGUGAAGAGGCCCUCACAGAAGAAGAAAAGACGUAAAAAGACCAAGAACGUGGAAGCAAUGGAUGGAGGUUCUGACCUCUUGUCCCCCAAAAAGAGACUAGAGCCCCUCAGUGGAGAUGGGAGUUCAGAUGGAGAUGUUCUAGAUCUGAGUCCAGGAACAAGGUUGGUGAAGAGGCCCUCAGAGAAGAAGAAAAGACGUGAAAAGACGGUGGAAGAAAUGGUUGUAGAUCUGAGUCCAGGAACAAGGUUGAUGAAGAGGCCCUCACAGAAGAAGAAAAGACGUAACAAGACCAAGAACGUGGAAGCAAUGGUGCCGCCCACAGUAAAGGUGAAGGUGAAAGACCGUGGAGGGAAGCAGAGAGGAGUAAAGGUGAAGAGACCGUGGAAGGAAGCAGAGAGGAGUGCGGUAAACAAACACAUGGAAAAGUUUAUAGCAGAGCGCCGCCUUCCAGGUAAAGAACACUGCAUGCGAUGCAUAAAGAGGAGGAAGCCUUGGGUCAAAGGUCCUGGAAGGAUGUAAAGAAGUUUGUGUACAACACAAAUGUUAAGUUAAACCGGAGGGGUGCUACACUGCAGCUUCAUCUUUGAAGAUCUGUGUUGUGCAAUAUAAUGUUGUGUUCUAGUUGUCCGGGGCAGUUCUCAAAACCAUAGCAAUAACGACUUUGUUUUAAAAAUCUAUUAAUUGCACAAAUAUUUUUUUAUAAAAUAUCAGAAAAGAGAAACUACGAAGGGAAAUAUGGUGAGCGCGCAGAUGUGAUGUAAAUGCUUGUAGAAUAAGAUUUGAGAACUUCUGUACUCACUUUUUUCCCCCACUUCAGUCACUUUUCCAGUACAACACAACUCAGUGAUUCAACCUCUGGAAUCUGUAACUGCAGCUUCUCAUAAUAUAUCAUAUUAUAUUAUAUUAUAUU